GGGCCACAUGGCCGAAGAACACCGUUUGGUAGCUCCAUCGUCAAACCUCCAAAUUCGAAAUGGGCCAGUGAGGACGUAAAGCUACUUGGGCUGCACGGCGCUCGCUCGAUCGUCAAUUCUGCUGGCCGCCGUCUCCACGCCGCCCUGCUGUUUAGCUCUGACUGCCUUUGUUGUUUUCAAUCACCGUACCAAAAGUACCAGGAGCACCCGCGUUUUCUUGGUACAACCUUCUGCUAGAGUUAAGGCAUUGGCUCUCAAGUUUCCCGGUCUAGAGUUUGGGUUUGUAGCCAAUUACAGAGCAGAGCAAAGCAGAUAUACUCGAUCUCAUGGGUUAUCUGUAUUUCAGGUACUCAUAAGUUCUCUGGAGCGGAGCUUAGUUGUCAUUCUUCAGCAGCUGAAGGGGACCAUAUUCAGCUGGGCAAAUUGUCGAACAUGUUCCGGGCAGAAUAAGAAAGGGCAGCCUAGGAUUGAAGAAACCACAAUCGUUAACCGUCUUUGUCCGUCGUAAAUCUAGUGAUAUAGCAAUGAGGUGAACACAAAAAUGGGAAUGGGCGCAAGUAGAUAACAACAAAUGGCUGGGAUUCCACGGAAGGCAGUGAUUCUGAUGGUUGGUGCCUUUGCUAAGGCAGUGACAACUCUUUUGAACAAUGCCUCAGUCCGUAAUGCGGACACACUGCUUCGUCUAGUUCGCUCUCGGCCACCUGGUGUACCACUCAUCACUGUUAGCAACCAUAUGUCAACGUUAGAUGAUCCUUUGCUGUGGGGAUUCAAGGGAUUUCCAAUCACAAAUUCAAAAUUGGCUCGAUGGGUACUAGCAGCUGAAGACAUCUGUUUCAGGAAUUCGUUGUAUUCCUACUUCUUUCGCCAAGGGAAAUGUAUUCCCAUUACUAGGGGUGCAGGAAUUUACCAAGACCACAUGAAUGAAGCUCUUCAGCGCUUGAGCAAUGGUGAAUGGCUGCACACAUUUCCGGAGGGGAAGGUCAAUCAAGAAAUUGCACCUAUAAGGCGGUUGAAAUGGGGAACUGCCAGUCUCAUUGUCCGCGCCCCUGUUACACCAAUAGUACUACCAAUUGUUCAUCGUGGAUUCCAAGAGGUUAUGCCUGAGAACUACAGAUCUGGAAGGAGGCCUCGUUUCCCCUUGCGCAAUAAGAACAUCGACAUAAUCGUGGGUGAGCCGAUUGAGUUCGACAUUGCAAAGCUGAGCAGAACGGCCACUUCUAUGUCUCACAGCUUGUCCUUCCCUGCAUUUGGAUGGCCCAAACUAACCCGUUAUGAGCUGGACGAAGCUGCUCAAAAAUGUCUAUACAUGACAAUUUCAGAUCAAAUCCGAACUGCAAUGCAGGUAUUACUUAGCCAGACCAGGUGACCAGUUCGUCAGUCAAUGAUUCGUUAGCCCGAGUUUCUUCAAACCUUCAGGACAUUUGAAUUGACCAAUUGCGGCCAGAGCAUUUGCAGAGUGCAACAAGGUCGAUGGAGUGCCAUUCGUUCAUAUAGUUUAUUUCUUACCCCUAUUGUUGUUACCUCUAUGAUUUUUGGGUCUCGGGAUAAUAGAUGCCAAAGCCUAUUUUUUCAGCUAGGGACUAUCAACUUGAGAAACCCCGGAUCAAACUGUAAGAGAGCACCCUCAUCUCCAUAACAUCUACUAUUCAUUAUGAGAUUUUUUUGGUAAUUUUAACAAAGUUUAAGGUCAAUCUUUCAAGAGUGACAUAUGGCAACCUUUUAAAAAG